CCUGUCUCCCAACUUCUCUGUUUCUCCUCCGAUCAGCAAAACAGAGAAGCAGUUAAUCCCCAUUUCCUAACUUAGCAGCAGCCAUGGCAAUGGCUUCCUCAACUUCACACACACCCACUUCACUCCUCAUUCUCCUCUCAUUCCUCUCUCUCUUCUGCUCCCUUCAGGCGGCAACUGCCGCGGGAACCGUCGGCGUCAACUACGGCCGCAUCGCCGACGACCUCCCCUCCCCCGCCAAAGUCGUGGAGCUCCUCAAAACCCAGGGCAUCAACCGGGUCAAGCUCUACGACACCAGCUCCGACGUCCUCACCGCCCUCGCUGGCUCCGGCAUCGCCGUCACCGUCGCCCUCCCCAACGAACUACUCUCUGACACCGCUGCCGACCAGUCCUUCGCCGACGACUGGGUCCACGCCAACAUCUCCCAGUUCUACCCAGCCACCCAGAUCGAAUCAAUCGCCGUCGGAAACGAAGUCUUCGUCGACCCGAAAAACACGACGCCGUUCUUAGUCCCGGCGAUGAAGAACGUCUACAACGCCCUCGUCAAGCACAACCUCACCUCAAUCAAGAUCUCCUCCCCAAUCGCACUCAGCGCGCUCCAGAGCUCCUACCCGGCCUCCUCCGGUUCGUUCAAACCCGACCUAAUCGAGCCCGUGAUUAAACCCAUGCUCAGCUUCCUCAAUCAAACCGGAUCCUACCUGAUGGUCAAUGCCUACCCGUUCUUCGCCUACGAGGCCAACGCCGACCAGAUCUCGCUCGAUUACGCCCUCUUCAAGCCGAAUUCCGGCGUCGUCGAUUCGGGCAACGGGUUGAAAUACUACAGCCUGCUCGACGCUCAACUCGACGCCGUCUACGCCGCGAUGUCGGCGAUCCAAUACGACGCCGUCAAGAUGGUCGUGACCGAGACCGGGUGGCCUUCACUCGGCGACUCGGACGAGGUGGGAGCAAGUCAGGCCAACGCCCAAUCCUACAACGGGAACCUGGUCAACCGAGUUUUGACCGGAAACGGGACCCCACUCAGGCCCAACGAGCCGCUGGACGUGUUCCUGUUCGCUCUGUUCAACGAGAACAAAAAGCCCGGCCCAACUUCCGAGCGGAACUACGGGCUGUUCUACCCGAGCGAGCAGAAGGUGUACGACAUCACCUUCACGACGUCGUCGUCGGGAAGCAAUAACCAGGCGGCUCCUCCGGCGGCGAGCGGCGGCGAGGGAGACGACGACGGAGAGGGAGUGUCGAAGGCGUCGAACUCGGGGCAGACGUGGUGCGUGGCGAACGGGAAAGCCGGAGAGGAGAAGCUGCAGAAGGGCAUUGAUUACGCUUGCGGGGAAGGAGGCGCUGACUGCCGUCCGAUCCAGGAAGGUGCCACGUGUUUCGAUCCUGAUACACUUGAGGCGCACGCUUCCUAUGCGUUCAAUAGCUAUUACCAGAAGCAGCAGCGUGGGACCGGCACGUGCGAUUUCGGUGGUGCCGCCUAUGUCGUCACUCAAGCCCCCAGUUAUGGAAAGUGCGAGUUCCCCACGGGAUAUUGAGAAGUAGGGAGGAGGAGAAGAAAAUGAAGGUGGAUUUGGAUUGGAUUUGUGAUGAUUGGGACGUGGGAUAUGAUUAUUUUAUGGGGGAAUUAUUUAUAUAUAAUUUAGUAGUGUUUUUCAUCAGCAAAUAGAUUUGCUGGAGAGGUAGAUAACCUUUGCUUUGGACUUUGGUUUGCUUGAUUGUACAUUUUCCCGGAUUUGGACUUUCUCUUUCUACUACUACAUUGUGAAAUACUACAUCGUCAUUUAUUGUCAUUAGUGUGGGAUUUUGAUUAUUAUCGUUAAUUAUAAUUAUAGCCGUUUGCCGUGGAAACAGAGGACAAAACUGAUGGUGACGACUGCAUUUAAAAUUGGUGGGGAGAUGAGAGGAUAACUCUGAUAAAUGGUGGGUUUAAUU